AUGCGCGAUCUACCACACAUGGACACAAUUACCACCGAUGCGCCUCACAAGGACAAUCGCAAAGCUGCCACCAGCUCAGCUGAGCAUGUUGCAGAUGGGUCAAGAGACCUGGCCGAAGACUUGAGCAGUGACGAGAUCUAUUUUGUCGAGAACUAUGGCGAGGAACGACGUAGGAAAGUCAUCAGAAAGGUUGAUAUCCGCCUCGUCCCAGUACUUGCGCUGCUUUACUUGAUGUCUUAUAUCGACCGCGCGAAUAUCGGCAACGCCAAAAUUGAAGGCCUCGCCGAGGACUUGAACUUGAGCGGAAGUCAAUACAACAUUGCACUCUCUCUCUUCUUUGUUCCUUAUAUUCUUUUGGAAAUACCGAGCAAUAUAGUUCUCGGAUACUUUGCCCGACCUUCUCGGUACAUUGGUGGCAUGAUCGCUGCGUGGGGUGCGGUAAUGACAUUGACUGGCCUUGUCCGAAACUUUGGCGGUCUCGUCGCCGCCAGAUGGUUUCUCGGAGUUUUUGAAGCCGGCUUCUUCCCUGCUGCGAUAUAUAUUAUCUCUCGAUGGUAUCUCCCCAACGAAAGACAAGUCCGUAUCGCCCUGUUCUACUCGGCCAGCGCCGUGGCCGGAGCAUUCUCUGGCCUUCUUGCUUUUGCCAUUGCAAAAAUGGACGGAGUGGCGGGAUUGGAAGGCUGGAGAUGGAUAUUCAUCAUCGAGGGACUUGUGUCAGUGGCUUGUGGCAUCUUGGCCUGGUUCUGCCUUAUAGACACCCCGGCCCUUUCGGGUCGCUGGCUUGAGCCCGAGGAGAUUCGCUACCUCGAGCUCCGCCAGUUGGCGAUUCAAGGCAAUGGCGCGCGUGUUCGCGAAGCCGAGAAAUCUCGCAAGUGGCAGAUUGCUAAGUCUGUUCUGCUCGACUGGCAGCUUUACCUCCAGGCACUGGUUUACUGGUCCAAUACUGCUCCAAACUACGGCCUGAAAUUCACCAUGCCGCAGAUCAUCAAGAACAUGGGCUUUACAAGCAGCAACGCGCAGCUGUUGACGAUUCCACCUUACUUCAUGGGCGCUGUUUCAGCCUAUGUUUCUGCAAUCUUUGCCGAUCGCUUCAGGUGGAGAAUGCCGUUCAUUGUGGGAGCUCAAACCCUCGUGAUGAUUGCCUUUAUUAUCUUAUUUGUCAAGGCUGCAGACGUGAAGAACAACAUUGCCGUUUGCUACUUUGCCGUCAUUCUGUCUUGCAUUGGGUUCUACCCCAUCAACCCUGGCGGGAACGCAUGGACGGUGGACAAUCUGGCGGGGCCCACCAAGAGGGCCCAGGGCGUUGCCUUUAUGAUUGGAAUGGGCAAUAUUGGUGGCAUCAUUGGAAGCUACAUUUACAUUGAUUCCGAGGCCCCAAGAUACCCCACUGGCUUCAGCGCGUCGCUUGCGUUUGCUGCCCUUGGCAUAGUCUGUUGCUUGGCCUUGGAAUUCGGGUACUGGCGCCAGAACAAGAAGCGAGCUCAAAUGACUGAAGAUGAAAUCAGAGCAAAAUAUACAGAUGAAGAGCUCGAGGGAAUGGGUGAUAGUCACGACCGAGAAUGGAGGCUAGGGCACCAAUUCACGCCAGACCUUAUAGCAGGUGCAGUGCCGGAAAAGUGUUGGUGGCCUAUCGGUUAA